AUGAAGGUGGAGAGUAAGACCAGCCACAGUCUCUAUUCUGACAUUCCUCCACUCCUCAACCUGGUCGGCCUCCUACUUCUACUGCUCACAGGUGAGGUGUCAGGGGUGAAUGUUACAAGCCAAACCCAGGUGGUGAGAGGCAUUGUGGGAAAAGAGGCCCUGCUGUCUGUCAGUUACACCAGCAGCAGUGCAGACAAGCCUGUAAUCAAGUGGCAGCUGAAGAGGGACAAAGUGAAGCCCGUCACGGUGGUGCAGUCCAUCGGCACAGACGUCAUCGGGAACCUUCGGCCAGAGUACCGCAACCGCAUCCUGGUGUUUGAGAACGGCUCGCUACUGCUUCACAAUCUGCAGCUGUCAGAUGAAGGAUCUUACGAGGUGGAGAUUUCCAUCACAGAUGACACUUUUACAGGGGAGCUCUAUAUCGAACUUACUGUGGACGUUCCAGUCUCUAAGCCAUAUAUCCAGAUGGUGGCGUCAUCUGUCCUCGAGUACAGCGAGCAUUUUAACUUGCACUGCUCCCACGACAAUGGCACCAAGCCUACGUACGCUUGGCUGAAGGGCGGGAAGUUGCAGGCCAACGACUCCCGCUUGUUGCUCUCGCACGACCAAAAGGUGUUGACCAUCACAAGGGUUCUCAUGUCAGACGACGACGUCUACACCUGCACGGUGGAGAACCCUAUUAGCAGCAUGAAGAGCACACCUGUCAAGCUCACCGUUUACAGACGGAGCUCGCUGUACAUCAUCCUGUCCACUGGAGGCAUUUUCCUCCUCAUCACCCUGGUGACCGUGUGUGCCUGCUGGAAGCCUUCAAAAAAAAAGCAUAGACCUGUCCCACAGAGGGCUCCCAUUUACAUGGAACAGCAGGGUGAAAAUGGACACGAUGUUGAUGUUGUACCGAAACCAACCACCCUUGGUCGAAGGAGUCCCAUGCCCCUGUAUGUACUCAACGAAGAUGAGACUCUGGAGCGUUUGGAGGAAAGUUCUUGCAACACUUUCAACCAAUCGGAAUUAAGUUACCCCGCCACCUACGUCCCGGUUUUCCCCCCUCAGGCCCACAGAACUGAGCCGCCCAUUUGGACCACUCCACGCAGGUACUCCCGUAGCCCCUCUCCACUGGCUCAGCUUCUCCCACAAGCCCCUGCGGGUCCUCCCCUGAGCCCCGCACGCUCACCAGCCAGCUCGCCCUGUUCUUCUCCGCGCAGUUUCAGCCCCAUCAAAAAGGUUCGGCCUCCGGUUGGAAUCCCGAACAUUCGCCUUCCUGUGGAGGCAGAGAGUCCCGCCCCCAGUGAGGAUGUACAAGGUCCUCCGCAGCAGUGA